AUGGCACCGGCGUACGUGUGGCCACAUCACGGGUCGCGGUACCCGGAUGCUGGAACGGUGCCAACUCUGCCACGCCCAACUUCUGCGACGCCACCCGGGAACUGCCCGGCGUCGUCGGCCGCCUCCGGGCACCGACGAUGCGGUGCGCGAUACCAACCACGCCAUCGCGCAUCCCUUAUAAAGGAUGCCGAGGCCCGAGAGCGCUUCGGGGUAUGGGCUUUGAGCCUCUCCCUCGUCGUUUGCGUUUUCUCCCUCGGGGUCUGCCUGUUCCUCCUUUGUUCUGGGCCCGGGAAGUCGGAAGAAAGCCUGGACUUUGCAGGGAGACCUGGGUUCCCCCCUCGCCGGGUCGGAGGCACUCCCGUGGCUCGCUUCGAGCCCGGGGAAAGUAGCUCUCACACCCCCUUAGGGAAUGCAGGGAAGCGGGUCCGCUUUGCUGAGGAGGAACCAGAGGUGCUCUCUCCGUCAGCGGACCGACCGCGGGUCCCUUCGUCGGAGCGCAAGCGGGUCAAAGCAGCCCCGCCACCAGCGUCGGAGAUGCGCAAGCGGCCUGGCUUAGUGCAGGUCCCGCACUUGCAGGGACCCGCGGGCGCUAAGGCACGAUGGCCAGCCGCUACGGUCCUGCAGUUCGGGGCAAUAGGGCAGGACGAUUGGGGGGCCACCGCACUGCGCUACAUAAAAGCCAGAUUAGCGACCUCCACUCAGCGCCUCUAUGCGUCCCAUUGGACCUGGUGGGCUCUGUUUUGCUCAAGGCGAGGGAUAUCCCCGUAUAGGCAUGUCCCGUGUUACAAUGAAACCGAGGAAUCGUUAUUUCUCGAUUUUAUUCUGCAUACGUCGCUCAAUGGCCUCCGAUCCCACGGCACCAUUAAGAUGAGGUUGGCAGCGAUCAGGUCAGAACAUCUGACUGUCGGCUUGCCCAACCCCCUCGCACAGUUUCCUCGAAUCCCACUGGUGCUCGAUGGGAUAAAGCGUAAGUACCCAGCGCUGGAGAGGCGACACCCAGUUACGCCUACCAUGCUCCUAGCGGCAGUUAAGCUGCUGCAGCACGAAAAAGAUGGGCCAGUGAUCGUGCUGGCGCUUUUCUUGGGCUUCUUUUUUCUCCUUAGAGCCUCAGAGCUAAUAGGAGACGCCUGGCACGGACAGACUCGGGGACUUCGGGGCUGCGACGUGGUUUUGCUCCGUGGCGGGAAACCCUGCCCGGAGAAGGAGCUCCACUUGGCCGAUGAGCUGAGAAUUUUUAUUCAGAGCUCGAAAACCGACAUUUACAACGCGGGCGCCUCGCGGAAUCAUUUUGCCACCGGCCAGGAGCUUUGCCCUGUUCGGGCCGCGGUCAAAGUGUUCCAGCUCUACCCACAGAGAUACUCUGGGGGCACAGAGCAGGAUGAGCACCUUCUCCGAGGGGAAAAGGGAGAUCUCCUCACUAGGCAAUUUUUGCAGCUAGUGCUGCAACAAUGUGCUGAACAUGUGGGCGAAGCUCCUGCGCUCAUUAAGGUGGGGGCGCGAGCGCCCUCUGGUCUAGAUACCAGAAUGCUGAACUCAUCAAGAGGUACGGAAGGUGGACGUCGAACGCCUACCAAUCCUACCUCUGGGAGUCGCGUGAAUCUGCGCGAGGGGCACUUUGUGUAUCUCGGCUACGGCCGCGGCGCGUUUCGCGCCCGGCUCGCGGGGGUUCCUUUUAAGAACCUCCCUCCCGAGGCGAGAAUCGACUACCUCUGGCUCUUCCUCGGGGUGUCCGGUCUUGUCCUGACCUCCUUGGCCGAGGUCGCUUCGCCACCUCUGGUGGCGGCUGCGCUCUUCGCAGCCGUAGAGGGCAGCGGGCGGGUGCAGCUCGCCCAACGGGCAUGUGCGGUAGCGGCGGCAGCGGUUCUCGGUGGAGUUGCCGAGGGUUUGAAGAACUUUGCCUUCAACAUGUUGCGCAGCCGGCUCGUGUCAAGACUCAGAGAGGACGCUUUCGACGCCCUGAUGGGGGAGGAGCUGAGCUUCUACGACGAAGUGGAUGCCGGAGAGCUCACGUCGCGCUUGAGUUCAGACUGCAUGUCCGUCUACUCCUACCUGAGCGAUGUGCUGAGCUUCUUCCUGCGAUCGGGAUUCGUCACUGCUGCCAGCCUCCUGGCGCUUUUUCGCCUUGACUUCGCGAUCUCUUCGCGGCUUGCGGUGUUGCUGGUGCUUCUGUGGGCUUGUUCAGAGUGGUAUGGCAGGGUGACGAGAUCCACGGGAAGAAAGACACAGGACAGCUUGGCAGAGCUGGGCCGGGUCGCGAAUGAGGCUUUGUCACUCCUACGCACGGUGAGGGCUUUGUGUGCUGAGGCUCUACAUUGCAGACUCUUCCGGAAGCGGAAUGUCGUCAUUGACGAAACGCAGCGUGAACGAGGCCUGGCGCUGGGCCUCUUCUCCGCGGCGGCGAACGGCACGCCCGCACUACUCUCCGCUCUGGCCUUGUUCUUUGGCGGCCACAUGGUGCUUGCUGGACAGAUGACGGGUGAGGCGUUGGCAACAUACCUGCUUUACCUGGAUACUGCCGCAGAUGGUGCCUUGGAGCUCGGCAUCGAGUGGUCCUCCUGCAACGAUGCACUGGGCUCUGCAGAGCGCGUCGUGGCCCUGCUUGCGACGUCAAAGAGUGCGGCAAAGACCCGCAGAGGACGUCGACUGGCAGGUGCCCGGGGAGAUCUACGGUUCACGAACGUCUGCUUCGCAUAUCCCUCCCGGCCGCAGCGCCAGAUCCUUACGAACCUCUCGCUGCACUGCCCGGCCGGAAAGACGACGGCCCUCGUUGGCUUUAGCGGCUCAGGAAAGAGCUCCCUCCUUGGCCUGCUCCUACGCUUCUACGACCUCAAGGCAGGAAGUGGCUCCGUCGCAUUUGAUGGCGUGGACGUUACAGAUCUCGACCCAGCCUGGUUGCGCAACCAGCUCGGGGUGGUAGGCCAGCAGCCCAAGCUUUUCCGUGCCAGCAUCAAGGAGAACAUCGCCUGGGGCCUUCCCGGUGCAUCCGAUGCGAUGGUCCGACAGGCGGCCGAGACCGCCCGCGCUGCGGCCUUCAUCGAGUCCCUACCGCAGGGGUAUGACACCAUUUGUGCUGACGACCGGCUCCUCUCGGGAGGUCAGCGCCAGCGCAUCGCCAUUGCCCGGGCGCUCAUUCGCGAUCCGGCUGUGCUUCUUCUGGAUGAGCCAACCUCCGCCUUGGAUGCGGCGAGCUCCGCGGAGGUGUCAAGAGCUCUCGAGCAGGCCCAAUGGUCCGAAAGCCGCGGCGUGCACCGGACGGUGAUCAUCGUCGCCCACGAUCUUCGCCUGUCGAUGGUCCAGCGUGCGGACAAGAUCGUCGUGAUGGACACAGGUCAGAUCAUAGAGGAGGGUCAGCACGAAGAGUUGCUCAAGCUCGGCGGCGGCUACACGAGGCCAGUGAGUCCAGGGACUUGCCAUUACGUCCGUUUGCGAUUCCUCGCGGCUUUCUCGCGGCUUCGGAACGGCCUGGUGCAGUCUCGGUCAGACAGUUGGAUGAGAACGCCGGCCCGCCCCACUGUCAACUGCGUCGAAGGUGGCUUCCCGGAUUUUCUUUGGCGUAAUCCAGGGGCUCUCUCCCUCGUCGCCUGGGGCCCAGUUCAUGGAGAUUCGGGCGCAGACGGCGCAAAUUCAGCGAGUGGAGGAUCUAUCCAUGGAAGUGUACGAAGCCAGACAGGAGAACCAGCGCCUGAACCGCCAGCUGCAGCGCAUGCGAAUGUCGCUGAAGGAGGGCGAAGGCUUUACAGAGCGGCCCGCGGAGGCAAUGCAUCCUCAUCAGGGAGACCGGCUAAACGAAAAUGCCCAGCAGUUGAACUACAUGCUCAAGCAGCUUCAGGCCACUUACCGCACCCCCGAAAGCACCAUGAGCGUGGUUGCUGGGAGCGGGAUAACCCCGAAAUGCUGGUACGUAUGCCAACUUGA